AACAAUAUAUACUACAGCUACCUCUCAGCUCAUCAUUCUUCAACUAAUUAAAGAGGUCGAUAGAUAUGGCUGGUUUUAAUAUGAGACUUAUAUUCCCAUUUGUUACGAUAACUUUACUUCUUUUGGUAUAUGUUGUUGCUGGCACUACCAGGAACUACGAGUUUAAUAUUCAGCUGCAAAAUGUGACGCGGCUAUGCCACACCAGGAGCGUGGUUACGGUGAAUGGGAAAUUUCCAGGUCCACGCAUAGUUGCCAGGGAGGGUGAUCGCUUGCUUAUCAAAGUUAACAACCAUGUCUCCGAUAAUAUUACAAUCCAUUGGCAUGGUAUUCGGCAGCUAAGAAGCGGAUGGGCUGAUGGGCCAGCUUACGUUACGCAAUGCCCCAUACAAACUGGACAGAGUUAUGUGUACAACUAUACCGUUGUUGGACAACGAGGAACUUUGUUCUGGCAUGCACAUAUAUCAUGGCUACGAGCUAGUGUUUACGGUCCCCUUAUCAUUCUCCCAAAGCUCCAUGUCCCAUACCCUUUUGCAAAGCCCCACAAAGAAGUUCCCAUCAUCUUUGGUGAGUGGUUUAAUACAGAUCCAGAAGCCAUAAUUGCGCAGGCAACGCAAACUGGUGGAGGUCCAAAUGUUUCUGAUGCCUAUACUUUCAAUGGCCUUCCCGGUCCUUUGUAUAACUGUUCUGCUAAAGAUACGUUCAAGCUGAAGGUCAAGCCCGGAAAGACAUACCUGCUUCGGCUGAUCAAUGCAGCACUCAAUGAUGAACUGUUUUUCAGUAUAGCAAACCACACCCUCACAGUUGUUGAGGCUGAUGCCAUUUAUGUUAGACCUUUCGACACUCCAACACUUGUACUAGCUCCUGGUCAGACAACCAAUGUCCUGCUCAAGACCAAAUCCAAAACUCCUGGUGCCAACUUUCUCAUGUUGGCUAGCCCAUACGUAACCGGCCAAGGAACCUUUGACAACUCCACGGUUGCUGGUAUCCUUGAAUACGACUCAUCCAUUUCCAUGAAACAUCUUCCACUUUUUAAACCAACACUACCGUCUUUGAAUGACACUUCAUUCGUGACGAAGUUUUCAAACAGGCUUCGAAGCUUAGCUAGUGCACAAUUCCCGGCUAAUGUCCCACAAAAGGUGGACAAACAUCUGUUUUUCACCGUAGGUCUCGGGACAAGUCCUUGUGAGAAAAAUAAAACAUGCCAAGGACCGAAUGGAACUAGAUUUGCAGCCUCGAUCAACAAUGUGUCGUUUGUGCAACCAAGCACCGCCCUUCUCCAGUCCCACUACUUUGAUCAAUCAAAGGGUGUUUAUAGUCCUUAUUUUCCGGUCAGCCCAUUGAACUGGUUCAACUAUACAGGAACCCCUCCAAAUAAUACCUUUGUGAGCAAUGGUACAAAACUGAUGGUUCUUCCAUAUAAUACGAGCGUGGAGUUAGUGAUGCAAGAUACCAGCAUUCUUGGAGUCGAAAGCCACCCUCUUCAUUUCCACGGCUUCAACUUCUUCGUUGUUGGUCAAGGGUUCGGAAACUACAAUCCCAAUACGGACCCAAAGAAUUUUAAUCUUGUGGACCCUAUUGAGAGAAACACGAUAGGCGUGCCAUCUGGCGGGUGGGUUGCUAUAAGAUUUCUUGCGGACAAUCCAGGGGUGUGGUUCAUGCAUUGCCAUUUGGAAGUGCAUACAAGUUGGGGAUUGAAGAUGGCUUGGCUUGUCUUGGAUGGAAAACUCCCUAACCAGAAGCUUUUGCCUCCACCUGCUGAUCUUCCAAAGUGCUAAAGUUCCCAUCGACUCUUUCCGUUCAUUUUUAAAAAUUCAGAUUUAUCGGAUUUGUAUGUUUGAUAUAACAAUUUAAUUCUUGGAGAGUUCACAUUGUAUUUUCUAGCUUGUUUAUGUGAGGAAACUACAUUCUUAUAUACGAGUAUAAAGUCUUAUUUUCUUGUAAUUACGAGAAUAUCAACUAUCUUGAAUACUACUUUCACCAACA